AUGUCGAAGCACGCGGUGUACACACGUGGGAGCGAAGCAGAUCCACUGCUCCUCGGUGUGUACGUCGAUGACCUCAUAAUCACCGGAGCCUCGACCACGUCCAUCGUCAGGUUCAAGAAGGAGAUGAUGUCCAUCUUCAAGAUGAGUGACCUGGGCCUCCUUAGCUAUUACCUUGGCAUCGAGGUAAUCCAGGAACCAUGGUGCAUUCUCUUGUGUCAAACUGCCUACGCCAACAAGCUCCUCGACAAGGUCGGACUGAACAACUGCCAUCCCAUGGUAGUGCCCAUGGAGAAGAAGCUGAAGCUAAGCAAGAAAGGAGGAGGAGAGGCAGUGGAUGGCACACUCUACCGCAGCAUAGUUGGUAGCCUGCGGUACCUCGUCCACACCCGCCUGACAUAUGCUAUGCAGUUGGCUAUGUGA